AUUUAUGCAUCUCUGAUUGUUUAAAUGGGAACUCUUGGAAUUUGAAUAGCCUCCUAUUGAUCUUUGGUGACAACAUUAAUCUUACUCCUAUUAAGUCUGAGAGAAUCAUUGCUGAUUCCAAUAACCUGUGGGUUUGGCUUCCUCAAUCAAAUAAGCACUCCAUUCCUUCCAAGGUUUAUCACCAUCUCUGUAAUGGUGAUGCUUAUUCUGAUUCAUGGGAAGGCUGGGCUAUUUUAUGGCAUCUCAAUAUAGCUCCAAAGUCUGGAAUAUUGAAUCUGUCAAGUCUGGAGUUGGCUUUUCCAUCUCCAACUUCAACUCAAGCUUCGUUCUUGCCGGUUGCGGACCAAUGAUUGCAGAAUCCUUUAUUGUUGCUGAAGCCUGCGCCCUUCUUUUUGCGUUGCAGAGUACACUGAGUCAGAGAAUUAUAUGUAAACAGAUUUUCCUUGCUAGCUAUGAUCUUUUAGCUGCCAUAAACCAGAAUUCCCGGCUUGCUGAUUGGCGUCUUGAGACAUUGAUAGAGAAUAUUUGCUAUCAUUUGGAAGAGUUCAUGUUUCCCCAGAUCCACAUCAUUCCUCUUCGUUGGAUGAAGUCUUCUGUUGACUUGGCCAUAUUUGGUUCCAGCAAGCAUGCUCUGAUUUUGUAUCAUCAAGGAAGAGACCUUCCACAUUGGCUUAUGAAGCAUUUUGUUUAAUGCUUUCUUUAAUUUUGAAGUCUGUUUUCUUUCUUUCAGAUUCUAUGAGACCUUGUAAUAUCUAGACAGUUGUAAGUUUUUUGUUUUUUGAAUAAAUAGCUUUCAGAGCUCUUUUCC